AUGCAUACCCCCGACUACGUCGAGCCCGCUCAGGGCAUCUCUUACUUCACUCCCGCUCAGAACCCCCCCGCCGGAACAGCCGCCAACCCCCAGACCAACGGCCAAAAGGUCCCUAAGCUCUUCCAGCCCUUCACCGUUCGCGGUGUCACCUUCCAGAACCGCCUGGGUCUGGCCCCAUUGUGCCAAUACUCCGCCGAAGAUGGCCACAUGACCGACUGGCACGUCGCGCAUCUGGGCGGUAUCGCCCAGCGCGGCCCAGGGCUCAUGAUGAUCGAAGCCACGGCCGUACAACCGGAAGGCCGAAUCACGCCCCAGGACGUGGGUCUCUGGAAAGACAGCCACAUCGCGCCGAUGAAGCGCGUCAUCGAAUUCGUGCACAGCCAGGGCCAGAAGAUCGGUGUGCAGAUCGCUCACGCAGGUCGCAAGGCCAGUACCAUUCCGCCGUGGAUGUCGGGCGCUGUCGUCGCCUCCGAGCAAGCGGGCGGAUGGCCCGAGAAUGUCAAGGGCCCUAGCGAUAUCCCCUUCGCUGACUCGUUCCCCAAGCCCAAGGCCAUGACGAAGGCUGAUAUUGAGGAGUUUAAGAACGCUUGGGCGGCGGCUUGUAAGCGGGCUAUUGCUGCGGGCGCGGAUUUCAUUGAGAUUCAUAAUGCCCAUGGGUAUCUGUUGUCGAGUUUCCUGUCGCCGGCGUCGAAUAACAGGACCGAUGAGUAUGGUGGUUCGUUUGAGAAUCGGAUUCGUCUGCCUUUGGAAAUCGCCCAGUUGACUCGCGAUACGGUCGGCCCUGAUGUUCCUGUUUUCCUGCGUGUGUCUGCCUCCGAUUGGCUCGAGGAGGUGCUUCCCGAGCAGAGCUUCAAUGUCAACGAGACGGUCAAGUUCGCUCAGGCGCUCGUCGCCCAGGGUGCCGUGGAUCUGAUCGAUAUCAGCUCCGGUGGUGUGCACGCCGCGCAGAAGGUCAAGUCCGGUCCUGGAUUCCAGGUUCCCUUCGCUGUGGCUGUGAAGAAGGCCGUUGGCGAUAAGAUGCUUGUUUCCGCCGUCGGUGCCAUCACCAACGGUAAGCAGGCCAACCAGUUGCUCGAGGAGGAGGGUAUUGAUGUGGCGCUUGUCGGACGUGGAUUCCAGAAGGACCCCGGUCUGGCUUGGACUUUCGCCCAGCAUCUCGAUACCGAGAUCUCGAUGGCGAAUCAGAUUCGUUGGGGAUUUACCAGACGUGGUGGUACUCCUUAUAUUGAUCCUUCGGUUUACAAGCCGUCGAUCUUUGAUUAG